AUGGCGGGUGCGCAUUGCGCCACCUUCCCUUUCCUCACGCCUCCAAUCUGCUCCGCCGCUAAACCAACCAAACCCAUCCUAUCUGCCUCUAUUGCCCUACCAUCAAAGCCCACACAACGGAAAAACUAUCUGCGCCCGAAAAUCCUCAAAACCCUAGCUGAACCCGACCCGCCACCCAGAACCCCUCUCCUUCCCGAACAACCCCAAACAAGCCCCGUAAUUCCCAUUGAGUCCCCUGUAACCCAAUAUGAAAACGACUCUAAUCUCGAGCGUAGCUCCGACCAAGGCGACGUCGUUGCCGGAGAAGGCAAUAAGGUCGAGGAAUUCAGCGUAUCUGAGACGACCCCAGAGUAUAAUGGCAUUGUUGGUAAAUUAUCUGUGAAGUCUGUCCUUAAAUUUGGGGCGUAUUUGGUUGGGGCUUAUUUGUUUCAGGCGUUUUUUACUGUUUGGCUACUGGGAAAUGACAAUCCUGAUGAGGAAAAUAGGAAAUCCAAGAGUUCAGGUUUAAGUUUAUCCAAAGGGAAAGUUUUGAAUACAAAUGUUGGGUCUGGAUUGAGCAAUGUGGUUUAUUUGGAUGAGCUCCAGUUGGAUGAGAAAAUAGAAGAAAUUAGAGCAAUGGCAAGAGAAGCGCGAAAGCAAGAGAAAAAGGAAGGGAAGGGAAGUGUUGGCGACGAAGAUGAUGUUAUUGAUGAAAGUUCGAUGCCAAGGAAUAGAAUCGGUAUUGAAAAAGAAGUCGGGGAGCGGUUGCUUAAGUUGCAAAAGAGGUUGAAUUCUAAAAGGGAGAAGUUGCAGGGUCCAUAUGUGAAAGACUUUGGGAAGCAUGAGAAUAGUGAAGAUGAGAAUUUGAAAGAGGGGGAAGGGGGAUUGAUGUUUAAGAAAAAGCUUAAAUUUAAGGCUGAGGCGAAAAGAAGUCCCAAGGGAUUUGGAGGUUUGGAAGAGCAUGAUGAAAACCGGCGAGAGACGGAUUUUGAACAAAGUGUUUCUGAGACUUUGGAGGAAGAACCCAAAUUGUUGCAAGAUGAUGGGAACCAUUUGGACAAAGGAACUGGAAAAAUGGAUAGUGGAAAGGACAUAGGAGUUGGAACUAUUGAACCAAAGAAUGGUACCGUCCAGAGGACAAGACGAGGGAGGUCAUCUGAAGGAGUAAAGUCAAAAAAAUCAAGAGAUUUGGGGAAGAAAAAGUCUCGCUUGAAGAAAGAAGUCCAAGAAACUACCAUAAAAUCUGGUGAUCAUGUAAAUGGCAGUUCAAGACACAAAGAAGCUGGAAAGGAACCACUGCCUAACAAAGUCAGUGGCAAUAGAUCGAAGAAUGAGAUUGAUCCGUGGUGGUUGGAUCUUCCUUAUGUUUUGGUUAUUCUGAUGCGGAGAGGUUCCGGUAGUGAGGGGCGAGGAGGACUUUAUACCUUAAAGUUCAGUUCUCAGCCCCAAAACCAGAGAGAUUCUUCAUAUACUGUUGCUUUCGAGGACCGCGCUGAUGCCAAUAACUUCUGUUUCCUAUUGGAAUCUCUUUUUGAAGAUCUGGGUGAUUUCAGUGCUGAUAUUGCUCCUUUGCCAAACAAAGAACUUCGUGAAGCAAUAAAAUCAGAUAACAUGAAGGUAAUAUUUGUGAAAAAGGGGCAGCUUCCGCUGUAUGCCGGGCAACCGUUUGAAGAAGUUGAGAAGGCUUUGCGCUCUUUGGUUGAACAUGAUUGA